CCGCCUUGGAUGCAAAACUGCCAAAUCCACAAACGAACGAAAACAAACAAGCAAAGGAGGAAGAAGAAGAAGGGACUGUGGCAACAGUUGAUGCAGUUGUUGUUGGCUGGCUGGAUGGUAGCUUGAGCGAUUGAUGCACACCACCUCGCAACGAACGAACGAACAACACACGCAAGCAGCAUGGGUGACACAGAGAAGAGCGAGAAGCCUCGUCGGGAGAGGCGGGAACGACGGACGGCAGACGCAGAUGAAGCUGCAGAGAACCCCUUUGGCGCGUACAUGCAGAGCGAGAACGUGCUGGACAAGCUGAAGCUGCUCAAAUAUGAGCAAGACUUCUGCAAGAAGUUCUCCAUGAAGCCCAUCCACCGCUACUACUUUGCAGAGUCAACAGACCCCAACGAACAGCUCUGGUACUUUGCCAACCUCGUCUCCUGGCUCCUAAGCUUCCUCAAGCAGCGAUACAAGGCCCCGGACCAGUAUGAUGAUCCAAACUCGAUUGUCACCUCUGUGAUGAUGGAGCUUCGCAAAGCGGGUGUAUCUGUGGACGUGUCUCAAUCAAAGCUGAAGACGGGCGCUGGCGAGGAGAUUUGCCAGAUUCUCAACCAGCUCGGCCAGAUGGCGCUCAAAUCACUCAAGUGGACCUGGGGAAAGCCCAUCCACAAGCACGAAGACUUUCAGGAGCAGGAGGAUGAGGAAGAGGCCGUGGAAAUCACAACAGCGGAUAUGGAGGCAGAGGAAGAAAUUGAGGAGGAAGACUUUGAUGAUGAGGCCGAUGCGUUUAUUGACGGCGGUGCAAUGGCAGCGGAAGUGGCGCCGAGCAGCGAGCGGGCGGAGGUGCUGGAAUCCAAUGUGACGGCUGCGGAGUGGAAGAUUGAGCUUGAGCGCGUGCUUCCACAGCUGAAAGUGCACAUUCGCAGCGACGCCAAGGACUGGCGCACACACUUGCAGCAGAUGCAGGACAACAAAACACAGAUUGAGGGCGCGUUGAAGGACACCACUCAACAUCUGUCGAAGCUUGAGAAGGACAUUGCGAAGACGCUUGAGAAGAUUAUGAGCCGCGAGAAAUACAUCAACGGACAGCUGGAGACGCUGGUGUCCGAAUUCAGGCAGCAGCAGGACUCCCUCGCAGCAACACAAGAGCGGUACAAGCAAGCGAGCACGACGGUGACAGAGUACUCGCGACAGCUGGCGGCGGUGAGCGCGGACCUGGAAGCCGUCAAGUCACAGAUGGACGAGCGAGGCAGCAGCAUGACAGAUGCCAGCCCGCUGGUCAAGAUCAAGCAGGCCCUCAAAGCGCUCAAGACAGAGAUCUCGCAGAUGGACCUGCGAAUUGGCGUGAUCCAGCACGUGCUGCUGGCGGCGAAAGUGCGGCAGAAGGGCGAAAUUGUGCAGGAUAUGAACGCUGACACGUCCGCCAAUAACCCGUUUGCAGUCAGCGACGACGACAGCGCGUGGCCGUGAUGAUGGUAGUGGCGGUGGUGGUGGUGAUGGUGAUGGUGUUCAAUUGUUGCCAGCGACUAGAGAAGGAGAGGGCAAGCGGGCGGUGCGUUUAUGCGAGUGUGCGUGGCUGAUGACGAGGGGUGCCAUUGGCACCCUUUGUUUCUGUCUGCCUCGGUUGGUGCAGUUUUUUUUUUCUUUCUUUCUUGCUGAACGUGGUGUGCACGUUCUGUUUUCGCGGUGUUGACCUUCAGAAACAGAGAGAAUAAAUACCAGAUCUUCCA